AUGCAGGGCCUGUGGGCGUCCGCGGCCGUCCUGCUGGCGGCAGGUUGCUCGGUGUUGGUGGAUGGCCAAGGCACUGGAGUGCUCCAAAAUGAAGUUUACCAGAAAGAGGGCAGAGAAGGUCUGGCGAUUUCCCAGCUCCUCCCAGCCCGGGAGGUCUUGGAGCGUGAAGGAGAGCGGGAGGCCAGCGUUCAGUCCUCCCAGGAUAGCUUCAGCGAACUCCCUCGAGUUGCUUUCCUGUCCAACCCACAAGAUCCUGUGACAGCAAAUAAAGAAGGGAAGGAGAAGAAAAGGAAGAAGGGGAAAGGGAAGAAGAGAGACCCCUGCUUGCGAAGAUACAAGGAUUAUUGUAUCCAUGGAGAAUGCAAAUACAUCAAGACACUAAGAGCGCCCUCCUGCAUAUGCCAGCAGGGGUACCAUGGAGAGCGAUGCCAUGCCUUCAGUCUCCCGUUGGAGAACCCUUCCCGCAGCUAUGACCAUACAACUGUCUUGGCGGUCACGGCAGUGGUCCUGUCGUCCCUGUGCCUUAUCAUCAUUGGCGUGUUGCUGAUGCUCAGGUGUCACAAGCAAGGAGUUUAUGAUGUAGAAAACGAAGAGAAGGUUAAGCUGGGCAUCACUGCCAACCACUGAUGCGCCCUGGGACCGCGAGGAUGCGGGAGCGGCUCUGCCUUCACAACCCAGCGGAUAAAACUUUUUCUAGGACACAUUUCAAAGUCAAAGGGGAGUUUGCAUGAACAG